AUUCAGACAGGCUCGGAUCUACAGGAGAAGCGCUAAAAAUGGAGCAAACCGAAUUAGUCAAGCCAGAGACCCUGGAUGAUCUUAUUAAAAUCCUGCACAAAAUCUUUGAAGAUGAUCACGUCAAUAUUGAAGAGGUGCAGAGCAUCAUGGAGGCAUAUGAGAGUAACCCUCAAGAGUGGAUGAAAUUCGCCAAAUUUGACCAAUACAGGUAUACCAGGAAUCUCGUUGAUGAGGGAAAUGGAAAAUUCAACCUUAUGAUUCUCUGUUGGGGUGAAGGCCACGGCAGUUCUAUCCACGAUCAUGCGGAAUCACACUGCUUCAUGAAGCUCCUGCAGGGCCAGCUGAAGGAGACACUGUUCGAAUGGCCUGACCGUAAAUCACACGGAGACAUGGUCCAGAAAUCCCAGCGAAUCUUGCUGGAAAACCAGUGUGCUUACAUCAACGAUUCCAUAGGCCUCCACCGGGUAGAGAACGUCAGUCACACGGAAUGUGCAGCCAGCCUGCACCUGUACAGCCCCCCCUUCCAGCAGUGUCAGACUUUUGACCAGCGGACGGGACACAAGAACACAGUCAAAAUGACGUUCUGGAGUAAAUAUGGGGAGAGAACACCAUUUGAAAAUACAAUCUCACAAGAAAACAACUAAGCUUGGGAAGACAACACAUGGAACUCUCGAUUUCGGAAAUUCAGGCGUAACUAAGACGACAAUAACUUCAUAAAAGUAAUAGGAAAAGAAUGAUUCAACACUUUUUUCUAUUCAGUUUUUUUUUUCUGCAAAGGACAUUGAAGCGGGAACUCUGCGGUAAUUAAAGAGGCUUUAUGGUAACCCAGUGUAAGCUUGGCAAAUGCUGCUGAACACAGGCCGAGGGCCUGAAUAGCGGUAUUAGGCUGGGCUGCACCAUGAAUCUGUUCUUUGUUCACUAGGUUCGAGGAGACCCCUUAUCCGAGCAGCAUUCCUAUGUGUCUGUGACCUGUGUAAUCACACUUUUGUACUGUUACGGGGCUGGGAGUUGUUUUGUUUAAAGUGAUGUGUAAUUUAUGAGAACAAGCUAUUUUCACUUUCCUUUACCUUGUGGUCUCAUAUAAAAAAAGCAAUUGCAUAGUGUGCCCUCAAUCAACAUAAUGCUUUCUUUUACGGAGCACUUUCUUUCGCAGAUAUGUUGAUUUUCUGUGUAAAUGUAGACAGUGUAAAAUUUCUCAAAUUUCAUUUUCAGUCUGGAGAUUUGCAAGUUUGUUAAUAUUUUUUUGUAUUGUUUUUUAUUCUAUUUUACUGCCUUUAAUUCUUAUUCGGUACAUUUCAUUUGUAGAGGAACAAAAAGGGUAAUAACUGUUCUCUCUCAGUAUGUUGUGAGCCUAGAUACUGUAUGUAAAAUUCAGUCUUACUUGAGAAGUCUUACAUAAGAGUGAUUUUUUUUCUUUUUUUGGAAAAAGGAGCAGAGGAUAAUGAUAUAGUGGAGCAGUGAGUAGUGCUUGUUCUUUUCCACAGGAUUUUUUCCAGUUGUAACUGUAGAGGUAUUUAUAGGUUUGAAAGGUUUGAACAGCUUUUAUUAUUAAUACUGCUUACUCCAUCAGCUGAGCAGUGGUAAUCUUGAAAAUCUUGCUUUUACUGUACAUCAUUAAAUAUUAUUUCUGUAAAA